AUCGCCCUCCAAAGGCGGCUCUCACUCACAGCUUCUGCGAAGACUGAAGGAUCCUGGGCAGUUUAGCACAAGCUGGUUACAAAAUGGAGAAUAUCCGAAGCAACAUCGAGCAUGGGGCAACGGUCCUUCAGAGCUAUGUUUCCUCUCUACAAGUCCGCACAGACACCAAGUUCUCCCUUCUUCUCGGCAUACUGCUAGGUUUAUCCGUGGUAGCCGCCAUAGCUGCUUAUCCUGGCAAGCCUAUCGAUUACACCGGAGUUGGCAUCGAUUUGCCACCGGAGAUGAGAGGGGAGGAGACAGUUGGGGUUGCGAAGAAAGUCGACGGAGAAGGGUCCGCUGGGGCGGUGGACGAGCAGAAGCCGGCCGGCUUGCAACAGAUCCAGGGAGUGGUAGAUAACCUGUCGCAGCUGCGGAGACGAAAAAAAGCGAAGGGUCCGCCGUUGUCAGCAGCGGCAGGCGAGGAGUCCCUCGUCAACACCACCACAGAGAGCCAAAGCAAAGAGACUGGAAACGUCAGGGAUGAGGCUGGAAGAGCGGAGUGGGACGCCAGCCGAUUGGACGAAGACAAACUAGCUCGAAAGAUUGGCUCCAGCAAGGCGGCAAGGAUGUUGGGUUUGACGGAGGACCAGGUUCGCCAAGCUGUUGCGGACGCGAAACAGGAGCUUGAGCAGUCAAACUCGGGGCCGGGCGGUGGGUCCCCUGCGCGAGACCCCAAAGAUGACGGCGUGGGAUUUUCCGGAUCCCUCUCCUUGGCUAUGCUGCUGGUGGGAUUGUGGGCACUGUGGGCGCACCUCUCGGCAUACCCCCACGGGACGCUUUCCCGGUUUCUCGCUGGAGUCUUCCCCCGCGAGAUGGAGACCUUGGGGCUUGCGUAG